UUCGAUGACUGUGCUAACAGAAACUAAUUCCGUUGGAUCUAGUUCGUCUCCAACAGAAACUAACAAUAGCGCAUCUAGUUCGUUGACUGUGUCGACUGGAAACUGCUACGAGGUGUUCUUGAGUUUCAGAGGCCCAGAUACUCGACAUGGCUUCACCGAUCACCUCUACCAUGGGCUCUCAGAUGCUGGAAUUCACACUUUCAGAGAUGAUGACGAGCUUUGCCAAGGCAAGGACAUCAGACCAGAGCUCAUGGCAGCCAUCACGAAUAGUAAGGUCCUGAUCCCUAUUUUCUCUGUGAAUUAUGGUACAAGCAGUUGGUGCCUGAAUGAACUGGUUCAAAUAAUGGAGCGCAAGAAUAGUAAUGGGCAGAUAGUGCUGCCUAUAUUCUACAAAGUGAAACCAGCUGACGUGGGACAUCAAAUCGGGAGUUUUGGAAAGGAAUUUCAUAAGCGUGAGAAGCGUUUGCUUAAGAGGUCUUCUUUCGACCCAGCGAUUUUGGAGAAAUGGAAGCAAGCACUCCUUGAAGUCAGCAACUUGAAAGGAUACGAAGCCGAUGGGUCUGAAGUAGAGUUGGUGAAAUCGGUUGUCCGAAAAGUGUUGAAUGAACUGAAGAAAAAGUUUGAGUUGAUUAUUUCUAAGAAUUUGGUUGGAAUCGAUAGUCAUGUGAAGAGCGUCAUGGAAUUUCUGGAUGAUAAAUCUCAUGCCCUCCUAUUUGUUGGCAUCCAUGGAAUGGGAGGCAUUGGUAAAACUACUCUUGCUAAAACCAUUUACAACAAGCUAUCCAAUCAAUUUGAGCAUCGUAGCUUCAUUGCCGAUAUAAGGGAAUCAUGGAAGCGUGGUGCUCAUGACUUACAGAAUCAAUUAAUCUAUGAUAUAUCGAAUCAAAAAAAUGAAGUUCGUAAUAAGGAUGAAGGGAUUAAUUUCAUCUCCUCUAGGUUUAAAGAUAAAAAGGUCCUUCUUCUUCUUGAUGAUGUGGAUGAGGUCGAUCAAGUGAAGUGUUUGGCUGGUAAUCAUGAUUGGUUUUCUUUGGGAAGUAGGAUCAUUAUUACUACCAGAAACAAGAGGAUUCUUGAAGAAGUUGGGGUGGACUAUCCUUAUGACCAUAAGGAAAUGGAUAAGGAUCAAUCUUUGAUUCUAUUUAGCAAACAUGCGUUUCGAAAGGACUCUCCUCCGAGGGAAUUUAAGGACCUCACUCAUGAAGUUGUAUCGAUCGCAGCAGGACUUCCUUUAUCCCUUGAGAUUUUUGGUUCAUUAUUGUGUGGAAAAGAGUCAAAACAGUGGAGAGAAACGAUAAAGAAGUUAAAAAAAGUCCCAAAUAGACAAGUGCAGGAAAAGUUAAGAAUAAGUUAUGAAACAUUAGAGUAUGGACAAAAACAAAUUUUUUUGGAUAUCGCCUGCUUUUUCAUUGGCAAAGAAAAGACAAUCCCAUUCUACAUGUGGGACGCUUGUGAUUUUUUCCCGGGAGAGGGAAUUGAAGUAUUGAUAUUCAUGUCAUUAAUAAAAGUUGAAAUUAAAGUGAUGCAUGACCAAUUUAGAAUGCAUGACCAAUUGAGAGAUCUUGGGAGGGAAAUAGUUCGUGAGGAAAACCAACUAAAGCCUUGGUGCCGUAGUAGGUUAUGGGACUAUGAGGAAGUUGAAAAAGUGCUACAGGGAAGUAAGGGAACGGGCAAGAUUGAGGGGAUUAAUCUUAGUGAAUGCAACUCAGAAAUAGCUACGCGAGAUAUCAGAAUUUACACAGAAAAACAAUUCAAGAAUUUGACGAGUCUAAGAUUCCUUCACCUAGAUGGGGCACAUUUAAGUGGAGAUUUUAAGGACUUAAUGGAGGAGUUAAAAUGGCUUCAAUGGCGACAGUGUCCAGCGAAUUUCGAAGUAAACAAUUUUUGCGUAAAGGAAUUAGCUGUACUCGAAUUGCAAGGAAGCGAUAUAAAUGAGAAAUGGGGAGGAUGGAGUUUUUUCAAGAUGGCAAAGAAGCUUAAAUAUCUAGACCUUUCGUAUUGUGGAUCCUUGGAAAAUACUGACUUCCUCUCAGCUUUUGAGAAGUUAGAGGUUCUCAUCCUCAGUCAUUGCUGGAGACUGAAGCGAAUCGACGCUUCCAUCGAAGACAUGGAGGGCCUCCUUCGCUUGGAGCUGUGCUCGUCCUACGCGCUUCAUCUCGCGGUAGGCGCCGACGCAGGCGCCGAACGCCCCGUUCCUCGUUUCUGCCUUGGGGAGCUUCCAGCAGAAAUAGGUAAAUUAAAAUCACUGCGACAACUCGAUCUAUCCAAUACUCCAUCCCUUUCUGCAUUACCAAAUAGCAUAGGGUCUUUGGAGAAUCUAGAGAUUCUAGAUAUUUCUAGGAGUGGUAUAGAAGAAUUACCCAAUGGUAUUGGGAGUCUGAGAAAGCUCCGAGAGUUACGUGCUUCCAGUUGCAAAAUCUGA